AUGGAGACGAAAGGCAACUCACUUCAAUCUGUUGACUUAAACCUUCACGUUGAGGAAGUAAUGUCAUCUAAAAUGGAUUUAGAGACUUCGUUGAAGGAAUGCUCUGCUGCCCUUGAACUUUUUCUGGACAAUAGGUUCUCUGAUGCUUUGGCUCUCUUAAAACCCUGGAAGGCUCAAAGCAUGUACCACGCAAUGGGCUACAGCAGCAUCUUGGUGAUGCAGGCAGGCAUGACUUUUGAACCAAAGGACAUGGAUGCUGCCAUGACGUCACUGAGAGAAGCCCUGCAGACAUGCCAGAGUUUUAGGAAGAAAACUGGAAUAGUGGAGACUCUGGCCAGUCUGUGGUACAGACAAACAGCUGACAACCUUACAGAGGAAGAGAUGCAUGCAGAGCUGUGCUAUGCUGAAGUUCUGCUGCAGAAGGCUGCCCUCACAUUCCUGGAUGAGAGUAUCAUCGGCUUUAUCAAAGGAGGGAUGAGAAUCCGAAAUAGUUAUCAGAUUUUCAAGGAAUGCCAAACUAUGGCAAGCGUCACAAAAGACAUGGAAGAAAGGAAAAGCACACAUGUUCACUUCAGGGGCGGCAUCAGCAUGGGCAUUGGAUCUUUUAAUCUGAUGCUGUCUCUGCUCCCGUCCAGAGUCCUCCGAGUGAUGGAGUUUUUGGGCUUUUCAGGAGACCGGGAAGUAGGUUUGUCAGAGCUAAGACAGGGAGCAGGCAGCAACAGCCUGCGCUCCAUCCUCAGCGCUCUGACUCUGCUGAUGUAUCACCUCUACAUUACAGUCAUUCUAGGAACUGGGGAAGGAAACCUUACUGAGGCUGAAGCUCUGCUGGUGCCCUACACUCAAAGAUUUCCAAAUGGAGCUCUUAUCCUUUUUUAUACUGCAAGAAUCGCUUUGCUCAAGGGGAACUUCACAUUUGCCCAGGAGAAGUUCCUGGCAUGCAUUGCAGCGCAGGAAGAGUGGCGUCAGAUCCACCACUUGUGUUACUGGGAGCUGAUGUGGGCCUACUCCUUUGAACAAAAUUGGAAGGAGGCAUAUAAAUAUGCUGACCUGCUCUGCAAAGAAAGCAAGUGGUCACAGGCUGUUUACGUCUUCCAGAAAGCUUCUAUCUUGAGCAUGCUACCUGAGGAGGAGGUGAAGAAGCUUGGAGAAAAUGUGGAGGAUUUAUUCAGGCAGGUGGAUAGUCUCAGACUGAGGAUUGCUGGUAAGUCGAUUCCAACGGAGAAGUUUGCAGCAAAGAAGGCCCAGAGAUACUCUUCUUCUUGCCCUGUGAAACUGGUCGUACCUGCUCUGGAGAUGAUGUACGUGUGGAAUGGUUUCACUGUCGUUGGAAAAAGACCUGAGCUGACAGAGAGCAUCUUGAACACGUUAGCGAGAGCGGAGGAGGAGCUCAGAGACGAUCCCAACCCAUCUGAGUAUCACCUGGAUGACCAGUGUGUUGUUCAGCUACUGAAGGGCCUGUGCUUGAGACAGCUAGGGCGUCUGGUCCAGGCUGAGCUCUGCUUCAAUCACGUCAUUUCCAGAGAAAAUGAUAUCAAGCAUGACAACUACCUGGUGCCUUUUACCAUGUAUGAGUUGGGCCUGUUGCACAAGCAGAAGGGUGACAUCCCAACCGCCAUUACAGUGAUAGAAAACGCAAUGACGAACUACAAAGACUACAACAUGGAAUCAAGGCUACACUUCCGCAUCCAUGCAGCACUCAACACCAUGGGCUCUUUUGCAGCCAAACUUCCUCCUUCACGUACUCCGGCUUAGAUGACCCUGUGGUAGGAAGGUUGACACAACUCGCAACCCUGUUUACUUCCUUGAAUUCUGCGGCUGUACUUGAAAUGAUCAGGAUUGGCAUCUUGUUGUCAGUCCCUUAAUUAUGGUGUGUACAUCCAAACUUAACUUUGUAGGUUGUUGCAGAGCAGUGCUCUGAAUUUCAGCUCAGUAUGCUCCUUUAAUGAUUCAGAAAUGUGUUUUAUCUGUAUGUUGGUGUGUAUCUGAAAGUGCAUCUUAUGAAAGAAAAGUGUAAUGUAUGUGUUGGUGUAUGAAUAUGUUUAAGAUGUUGGGUUAUAUUCCAUUGAAAUAUAUCACAGCUUUUGUUUUAGCUUGAAGCUCCUUUUAUCACAAGUUCUGCUUUGAGAUGUUCAUGAGGUUAAACUAGGUUUAAUAUUUAAAAAUGUUUGUCAAAAAAGAAAUUGAAUAAUAUAAACUCUUAUGUAUUUAACUACAUGCUGGUACAGUUCAACAUUGUUCUAAAGAUCUUGUAAAUAA